GGCGUCGCCGGGGUGAGCGGGACCGGGUCUGGGGCGGGCCCAGUCUCUCCGAGUAGGGGCUCCAGGGCCUUGGACCGCGGCCCGGAGGGGGCGCGGGGCCGGCGGUACUAAAGAUGGGCCGUCGAGCCCGCCAGGACCUCUCUGCAGGUGAAAAACUCAGCACGAAGAAUUCCCCGUCUGCUUCUCUUGGAGAGGUUCCACCACCUAAACCCCCACGCCGGCAAGGAGGCUGGGCAGAUGAUCCUGUACAGGCACCUACCAAGUCAGGAAGAAAGCAUGCAGAAGAAGUAGAAGACCAUCGUCUCAGACAGCAGAGCCUGGAGGCAUCAGAUGAUGGAGGAGACAUUCCUGUGAUCCCUGAUUUGGAGGAUGUCCAGGAGGAAGAUCUGGCCAUGCAAGUGGCAGCUCCCCCCAGUGUGCAGGUGAACCGAGUGCUGACCUACCAUGACCUGGACAAAGAUCUAAUGAAAUAUGCUGCCUUCCAGACUCUGGAUGGAGAGGUAGACCUGAAGCUCCUUACCAAAGUUUUGGCUCCAGAGCAUGAGCUACGAGAGGAUGAUGUCAGCUGGGAUUGGGACCAUCUCUUCACAGAGGUGUCAUCAGAACUAGUGACUGAGUGGGACCUGGGACAGUCGGAGAGGGAGGACCACCUCAGUCUCCCAUAGAGCUCUGACACACCAGAUGUCUCAUACACUCAUCUCCUGUAAAUAGUUAAGCACUUAAAUUUUCUAUUCACUUGUUUGUAUUUGAGAAUUUAUUUCAGACGUGAAAAUAAAUAGGACCUUGCUUGAUAUAAAAAUUGUCUUGGGAGAAGUUUGGGUUAUUUUUUAAUAAGACUUUUUGUUCUCAAAAGAAAUUAAGAAUUCUAAACACAAUAAAAUAUUUACUUAUAAAGA